CGUUUGCAGAUAGUUGGAGUGGGCGUGUUUUGUUUUAAUGGGCGUGUACAUCUGGCUAUAUAAUACGAAGUUGAACGCUACGCGCCCGUUUGUUGAGUUAAGGUCGUGACCAUCAUGGUCACAAUGCGGGUACUUAAUUGGGCGCUGCUGCUAGCUGCCACUCUACGUACCUACGCUGUCGACGCCCCUACGCCAGAUGAACGCCUCGAAGACUACUUCAAGCAAAAGUUGGACGACUUUAAGAUAAAGCUGCACGAAGCAUUCGAAAAGGCCAGAUUACAGCGCCACAAGCGAAGUGUGAUAGCUCCGGACAGUCCUGACUAUGGCGCCCUUCCGCAAGAUCAUCUUCGCGUCAUCGGAGCGAAGCCGGUUGACCUGGGCAUCCGUCUUGGAAACGUGUCGUGUUGGGCACCGGCGUACGUGCCCGGCUCGACAUUUCUCGUCGUCGCGACUACCGCCGGACAGGUCGAGCUGCUGCGAUGGACCAACGGGCGCUACGCUACAUUCGCUGGAAUGGCCACAAGUUUGACAACGCCCAAAGUCGAGGCGUUUGUGUACAGCGACCAGUUAUGGAUAGUAUGCCUGCACCAGAGACACGGUGGCCGAGAUCAUUUCGUGCGGCUGUACCUGCUUCAAAGUGAAAAACUGGUCGCCAAGCAGACCAUCGAACUGGGCGGCGAAUCGGACAUCGACGUAGUUCGCGGUGCUUCGGCCCACUAUCUGGUCACGUGUGUGUUCAGAAGCUACUCCGGUUCUGGCACAUCGUACAACGGAAAGCUUAUCCUUUACCAAUGGAAGAACACGCAGUUUGAUGCAGUUUCUCAGCACUCGGUGAUAGGAGCCAAAUCAGUCGUUGCCUGGAGUAUGGAUGGACCACUCUACAUUGCUGUUGCUCAACAGAGAGAUAACGCUGGCGAACUUUUCUUGGGAUCUCCUGUAUUCAUCUACAACCAGCGUCGUGAACAUGAGCUGAGCUACGUGCAGGUGAUCAGGUUUUGGCAGGCUUGGAAGGUGAACCACUUCAUGGUUGCCAGCAUCCACUACCUGACCUUCCUGACUCGACAGGGAGUCUUCCUCUACUGGUAUGCCGGCGAUCAGUUCCUUGAAUGGCAGACCCUUUUGAAUACAGAGGGUGCGGAGGACGUCUCAAUCUUCACGCUGCCAAACGGUGAAGCUGCCAUCGCAGUUGUGCGAAGGGACGAAGUGAUGUUUUUCUUGGAGACUGAGUCCUCAACGUACAACUGCACGUUCACCCUGAAGAUGUCUGGCAUGUCUCUCUCCGGCGUAGUGUUCCAGUUUAUCGAAGGCCAGUUCUUCAUGUUUGCAACCCAAGCAGUACCGUCUGCACCCCAGCCACCUCUGCAGCUUGUUCUACAGAAAUACAGCUUCGUUGCCCAAGGGAAACCGGAUCCUCUCCUCGAUUGCCUUCAGGGCUUGGAGAACUCCCUUUUGCAGCGGCAGGCUCACGUGGACAACCUGGCAGCGAACAUUGGGCGUGUCUGGACAUCCAACGGGCAGAAGCCACUUGCCACCGAGCUUCUGGUCAUCGACGGUCCCGUGAAGGUCACCGGGUCGGUCAGCGCACCAAAGGCUGUGAUUGUGCCCAGUGCUCAGAGGGUCCCCACGGUCACACCAGCAGAUGUUUCCCGGCAAAUUGAUGAUGUCAGGAAUGGUGUUGCAAAAAUGGAGAAUGACAUGAAGAAUGUCGUGUUCAAGUCUGUCCCGCAGACAAUUCAAGGGAACCUAAAUUUUGACAAACCCGUCAGUUCAUCAACAUUUAACGUCGGCCAGCUUGUGGACUCUACAUUGAACGGUGUUCCUCUGGUUGACAUGCUGAGGAACACCCUGAAAGUGACUGGCGACCAAGUUCUCGAUGUUCCAGUAUCAUUCAGCGACCUCUACGUGAACAACCUGAAUGCUCAGAUGAUCAAUGGAAUCAACAUCUCAGAUGUUAUGUUGACGAACAAAGACCAGCUGGUCACUGGCAAUCUCAAGUUUGGCCAUGUCUCGCUGACCGACUUAAACAUCCAACAAGGCCGUGCAAUCAAUGGUAUCAACCCUGAAAAAAUCGUCACCACCAACACGCCACAGGCCAUUCACGGGAGGAAAGAGUUUGUGAAGCUGCGCGUCCCUGGCGACCUCAAGGUUACCACGAUGACAAACAAUCACGACCUGUCGGCAUUCAUCGCUCACCUGGUUCCCCUACAAGGUGUCACGACAGUGACUGGAGAGUGGACAUUCCAAGCGCCAUUGAUUGUUGGAUCGGCGCUCAACCUGAAGAAUCCAAUCAAUGGACUUUACAGCAUCGAGAAGCUGUACACCGAGGCAGUCGACAAGCACAGCCAUCAGACCAUUCAGGGGCCAAAGACAUAUCAGGCGCCUGUUGCAAUCCAUGGAAAUGCAGAAGUUGCAGGCACCCUGAACGGUGUCCGCCCCAAUCACGACUUGGUCACUUUGCAUACGCCACAGAACAUUCUGGGCUCUUGGAUUGUCAAGGAUUCGAUCCACUUCAAACGAAACCUCAAUGCCGGCACAGUCAAUGGCCUGGACAUUGCCAAAGAUGCAGUGCUUAGAAGCAAGGGGCCCCAGGUGGUCUUUGGACGAAAGAUCUUCGACUCGGACCUCGUGGUAACCAAAGACAUCGCCAUGACUCCCGGGAGCACGAUUGACGGCGUUGAUCCGUCGGAGCUCGGCAGGACAGCGGGGCUUGAGACGGUGUACAACACAGCAGUGAACAUCGAGUCAAUGAUCGUCAUUGGGAAUGUGGUUGCACAAAAGGGCAUCAACGACCACAUGCUGCGGGACCUGCAGAACUUGAUAUGGCUCAAGUCGGCUGACCAGCACAUCAAGUCACCUGUAAGCUUCAACACUGUUCACUUGGAGAAGGACCUUGACACUGAAACAAUAAAUGGCAUCAACCUCGACGAAGACCUCAUGAGGACCUUCGGAGACGAAGUCCUUGAAGGGCCGGUUGUGUUCAAGGAUUCUAUUCAUACAAAGGCACCUAUUGACAUUGCUCCCGGUGUGAAAGUAAAUGGUAUUGAUCUUUCCGAGGCUGCCAAGCUGGUGUCGAGUUCCCAUCAAAACACUGUCAUCCAUGGGGAUGUGUCUUUCCCAUCAAUCGUGGUACAAAAGGACCUUCACAGUGAAACUGUCAAUGGAAAGCCCCUUGCCAAGCAGUUCCUCUUGGUGAAUGGCGAGCAAGUGAUGGCUGGUGCACCAUCUUUCAUGAAACCUAUCUCCGUCAAAGAGGUCGUUGCAGACUUCAUCAAUCCAGUCCAGCUCAAUGGCGUACCCUUCAAAGCAUUCAUGGAUGAGUUGGUCUUGCAGAACGGCUCUCGGCACAGGCUCAUCAGCAACAAGCACUUCAGGAAUGGCUUGGAAGCGCAUCACUUGCAAAGCUAUGGCCUCGUCGAUGGCGUCAACGUCGAAGAGAUGCUGAACAGUGUGGUGCUCCUCAACGUUCCCCAGCUAGUGGACGGUGUCAAGGUGUUCCAAAACCAUCUGCGCCUGGAAUCUCUGCUUGCCGACAAAGUCAAUGGCCUUGACAUCAAAGAACACGUUCGAAGGGUCAUUCGCCGUAAUGUUCAACAGGUUAUAUCUGGAAAGAAGACUGUCCUGGGAAAAGCUUUUGUUCAAAGACAUGUGACAACCAAUGACCUUGUAAAUGGAGUCAACAUGAAAGAUCUUUAUGCCCGAGCGAUGUCAAAAACUCAAGAAAACUUGAUAUCUGCACCUAUGACUUUCCUGGGGGGUGUUGACGCUCGCCGCUUGCACCUUUAUGGACAUGCAAAACUCGAUGGACUCGAUCUUGACAAUGUGGUGCUGCUUCGAGAAGAUGAAGUGCUCGGUGGUACGGUUGUCUUCAAGAACCUGCUAUCCGAUGGAGAUAUUGAGAUCGGUGGUCUCUUGAAUGGCUGUAACAUAACUAAGCUGCACAAGGAAGCGUUGUACAACAACGGCGUGAAGCAGUCAGUGUAUGACCGAAAGCAUUUCUCGAAGCUGAAUGUCAAAGGCAAUGUCCAUAUUAUUGGGGACCUGAAUGGAGCACCGUUUGACACACUCGUAGGCAACCUGAUCAUGAGGAAUGUGCCACAAACGGUGGAUGGACCGGUGACCUUUUUGGACAAAGUGGUCGUCGACUCCCUCACUCUGUUGGGGCCGAUCAAUGGGGUCAACCUGACUGACCUACUUCGAGAUGCUGUCACAAAGUCAACUGAACAGGUUGUCCGAGGAACAAAGACCUUCACAAACCAGCACGGACUGGUUGCGUCCAACUCCCUUCACGUUCGUGGCAAUGUCCAUUCUCAAGGGCCUGUGGGCGGCAUCAGCGUCGCUGAUCUCGCCAGUGUGGUCACGGCCCACGGUCGUCAUGUCAUCCGUGGCAAAAAGACCGUAGUCGGGCCCCUGACUGUCGACAACAUUGAUGUGAAAGGCACACUGAACGGCCUGCGCAUACCCGAAGACCUUGUUCUGCCAAGGAUCAAACACCAGCGCAUUCCUGGCAAGGUGAUCCUGGCUGGCCCAUCGGCCAUUCAGGGCAAUUUGAACCUCAACAAGGUCAACGACCUGUAUCUAGAACAACUGUUGGCUCAGAGGGUGACACUCAGUGGAGAUCAGAGGUUGAGGUCCAAGCUAGUCUUCCAGAGGGACGUUCCAAUUCACGGUGACCUCGGUUACGAGCGCAUCAACGGCAUUUUAAGGGAGCACUUGGUCACUCAAUCCGGGGAGUACAAGCUGUCUGGUGCAAAGACAUUCGUCCAGGACGUAGAGAUCCGUGGGAACCUGAACGCAGUGACUGUCAAUGGGUACAACCUGGUCGAGCUUGCGAGAGACGUCGUACUUGUCAACAGACCCGAGGAGAUACCGCAUUCCACCGUCUUUUCGGCUCCGAUUGAAGUGGUAGGACAGAUUACAGUCGUGGGGACCGCAAACGGCAUAGACGUUCAAAACCUAAAGCAGAACUUUGACGCUGGCAAGGACAGGUGGAAGCAAGGAGCACAGAGCAUGGUCGAUGCCCUCCGACACCAUGAAGCUGUCCUACAGAGGCAGCUUGCUGCGUACAAAGGACAAGCCACAGGUCUUGCCUACUUCAGGGCCUUUCAGACUCUGGAUAUUCCAUCUCGAAGGAUCUUGACUAGCCCCGUGGCUCGCUCCCUUAAGUCUCCCUGGAAUACAAUUCCUGCCGAUGUGAUGGUCCUCUGGACUGCCUGGCCCACUCACUGCCUCCACGGCAGAGAGAACUGCUGCGAGGAGUUCUCGUCGGAGGUGCUCAACGUAGAGCCUGACGGCGCACUGACCAAGGGACGAUUUGCCCUGCGCCGUCGCUACGUUCCGUUUGCUUCUCAGCAUGCCUCAACACAGCCUGGAUUCGUCGUCUGGACCAAUAGCACCUCGAGCAGACUGGGCUGCGAACGUCCAGGUGCAGAAGAGCUGGCUCUGGGUCUUCUCGAUCCACGUGGCCGGUUUGCGAGUGAUCACCUUGUCAGGGUAGACCUGAGGGUGACUGCAUCGGCCUUUGCGAGCGACGUCAAGAUGUUUGAAUUCCUCGGGAGCACGUACCUGGUUGUCGCCCACUCGUUCAACAAGUACCUUCUGCCCUCAAGCAAAGGCGGACACAUCGACGUGUAUCUUCUUGCACCGGGCCAAGCCCACUGGCAGCUUCACCAGACUCUGAAUGCCACUGGUGUGGCAUCCAUAGAUGUCGUGGAAUUCGACGGCAUUGUGUUCCUCUCAUCUGCAAACAGCUGGAAGCAGGGCUUGACAUCGACAUACUCCACUGUCUACACCCUCUCUGGAGCCGUUAACAUGUUUGUACCAAUGGCUGAUGUGCCCACGUCGCUGGCAUCGUCGACGCUGUUCGUUACCGUGGACAACUCGCUGCUGUGCGCUUUUGCGAGCGAGAAGACUGGGCUCCAGGACCAGCACAGCUGGCUCGACGCCCACACCGAGCCAGUCAGCAUCUACCAGCACAUGUAUGGCCGCUUCCAACUCCUUCAAAACAUUCCCAUGAUCGGAGUCAACGCCAUGGAGCACUUCAGGUUUGCAGGCGACGUAUUCUUUGUGCUCGGCAGCCGUCACCUCCAGACGGUCGCGAUCUACCAGUGGAAAGGCUACAGCAAGUUUGAACAGGUCCAGGCAAUCUCCCAGUCGCCUGUGGCCCUGAAAUCCUACUGGUCUCGCGCCGGCAGUCUAUUCCUCGCCGUGGCCACGGAAUGUGGCAAGACGCGAGUGUUCGAAGCUUUGCCGUAUGGCCGCUGCAUUUCCCCGAGGGACCAAGUGGGCCAUAGCUAGGGGCCAAUGCACAAGCAAUUUGAUAUUAACAUGCAUGCAUUGCUGGCAUCUCUGCAUGUGUUAAACAGAUGCAGGAUGCUGCACAAAUGUAGGGCUAGUCAUCGCUUCGGGACUAGCUUCCCGUUUCGGGCUACUUCUUGAGGUACCUGCAUAUGUUAUUUACCCCAGUGCCUUUCCUUUUUAACAUUUGUCUGUUGACUUUAUGUUGCUGAAGCAACUUUUUUAUGUAUGUACAGCUAAUCGUUAACUGCAGCUUUUGCUGCAAAUGCAAGUCAAACUUGCCACGUAUCUUGUUUUGUACUAGGCAUUUUUUGCCCCCACUUGACAUGAAAUAAAGGCUUGUUAUUUUA